UAUGACUAUGGCUGUAACUGUAAGGAGGGUACUUGCCUUUGCUUCUUCCUCUUCAGCCCCUUUUUUCAAUCUCAAUCAAAAUGCAAACUUGCGCUAUAUUCUCCCUUCUCCUCGUCAUCUCUCCGCAUUUUCAGAGGAUGGUUCUGUUGCUGAUAAAUUUCACAAGUGGCAUAAUGGAGGUGGCACUCUCCACGAGUCAGCUUCCAUUGACUCCACAGCACUCGUAGAGGUUGGCGCUGUAGUUCAUUCAGAGUCUAUUGUUGGUCCAAAUGUUCGUAUAGGUUCUGGAACUAUUGUUGGCCCUUCUGUUACAAUUGCUCAUUCAACAAACAUAGGGUAUAAUGUUGCACUUAGUAAUUGCUGUAUAGGUGAUUCAUGUGUAAUCCACAAUGGAGUCUGCAUUGGUCAAGAUGGAUUUGGAUUUUACGUGGAUGGUGACGGUAAUAUGAUAAAGAAGCCUCAGAUGUUAAAUGUAAUAAUAGGGAACAAUGUGGAAAUUGGUGCUAACACCUGCAUUGACAGAGGCAGCUGGCGAGAUACAGUUAUUGGGGACAAUUCAAAAAUAGAUAAUUUAGUUCAGAUUGGCCAUAAUGUAGUAAUUGGGAAGAAUUGUUUGCUUUGUGGACAAGUUGGGAUUGCAGGUUCAGCAACCAUAGGAGAUUAUGUGACUAUGGGAGGAAGGGUAGCAAUACGAGAUCAUGUAUCCAUCAUAUCAAAGGUUCGGCUUGCUGCAGCAAGUUGUGUAACCAAGGACAUCAAAGAACCUGGGGACUAUGGUGGCUUUCCAGCUAUUUCAAUUCACCAAUGGCGGAGACAAGUUGCCAGUAGAUGCCAGGCUCUGGGGUAGAAGCAAGGAUAUGUCCCAUGUACAGUGGAACCAAGAAUCUUUCAAGGUGUUGUAGGGAAAGUAAAGGACGGGGAGGGGAAAAAACCAAUGAAGGAGAUUAGGUCAGUGCCUUAUUUUGGACCUUCCUAGUUUGUUGGAAUUACGGCUACGUGGGUACUUUUUCUUCUUACGUGAGAGCUUCCCCAUCAGAAUCAAUUGGUAGAAUACCUUUGAGGUGUAACCCAUGGAACUUGCUCUUAAUUCCCCAUGUCUUGUAUUGAUAUCUUGUGAUCAAAGCAACUUUUAACUCUGGUUGCAUUUGAGAUGGCAUUUAAGAGAGGUUUGAAUGGUCGAGGUUUGGCAUUAACUGUAUCGGAUACAUCCCGGGUGUUGCCAGUUCCUUGGUGGAAUGAGCCUAUAGUUGUCUCCCCCACAUCAUCCUCUUGCUCCCCAUAUAAGAAACUUAAUAUUGUGUCGUCAUAGUAAAUGCUCGAGUCCUUGUUUGGGUUUUCAAUAUCAAGGUUGUAAAAGAUGGUGUUGUUUUCAUUUGAGUUCGAGGGCUGUCCUAUGGAGAUGAACACAAUGGAGUAGGAGGGGCUCUUGGGUCGUAAGGCCAGCCAUAGGCACAGAACAAUAAGGCUUAAGAGGCCUAUAACUUGCAGGAGCCAUAUGCAGAGACUCUUGACAAAAAUGUUUGAUAUUUGAGAGAGCGCAUUAAUUUCAUUAUAAAGUGGUGAAUGGUGCAGCAAGUUAUUGUAGUUAGGCGCAUAGUACGCGGGAGAGAUUGCAGGCAUCGUUGCUCGAACUUUCAUAUAUCGUUGCUAACCACAGCAGUGGAAGGGACGAAUGAAAAUAUAGUAAUAGGUAGCCUUAAUCUAAUUAAUUGGUCCAAACCAAAAAGAGAGAGGAAUAGCUUAGUGUUGAUUAUAGUUUUUACCUUUUAUUAUUUAUUAUCAGUAUCUGGACUUUUAACAUAAAGGAAACAAAGGCCAGGCCUCUUCAAUAUAACCCUACGGGCUGGACUUUCCUUUUGGGCCUUCGUGAGCCCAUGUUUUGUUGAUCAUGUGAGAGAACAGUACGUGCGUAUGUGGGGUAGUAUGUUUUAUAAUAUCAGUAUGCUUUUCGUGUGAAAUA